AUGGUCAGCCCCGGGUUUCUCCCACCCAUGCAGCCUUCCAUGCCCACCGCCGAGACACUCAGCAGCCCUCUCCUUGGGGCCUACACGCUCCCCACCUUCAGCUUCCAGCCCCGCCGUCAGAGUGUGGACUGGAGACGCAUCAGCACCCUGGACGUGGAGCGCGUGGCGCGCGAGCUGGACGUGGCCACCCUGCAGGAGAACCUCUCCAGCGUCACCUUCUGCAGCCUGGACAGGGAGGCGUGCAGCCGCUGUGGGCAGCCGGUGGACGCGGCCCUGCUCAAAGUGCUUCGCCUGGCGCAGCUCACCAUCGAGUACCUGCUGCAUUGCCAGGACGUCCUGAGCGCCAGCAUCGCCCAGCUCGAGGCCCGGCUGCAGGCCAGCCUGGGCCAGCAGGAGAGGGGGCAGCGGGAGCUGGGCCGCCAGGCCGACGAGCUCAAGGGCGUGCGCGAGGAGAGCCGGCGGAGGCGCAGGAUGAUCACCACCCUGCAGCAGCUGCUCCUGCAGACGGGCGCCCACAGCUACCGCGUGUGCCACCUCUGUGACAAGACCUUUAUGAACUCCACCUUUCUCCGGGGACACAUGCAGCGAAGACAUGCAGACAUAGCAGAAGGUGAAAAGCAGAAGAAGCCGGAACAGCCAGUGGGGGAGGUGCUGGACGAGCUGCGGGCCAAGUUGAAGUGGACCCAGGAGGCUCUGGAAGCCCAGAAGGAGGCUGAGCGGCAGAGGCAGCUGCAGGAAGCAGAGAUGAUUCAGCAGAGGGAAGUAGAAGAUAAGAGAAAAUUCGAGGAAUGGAAACAAAAAGAGAAAACCAAGCUGUAUGAGGAAAUAGACAAGUUAAAGCAGUUGUUCUGGGAUGAGUUUAAAAGCGUUGCCAACCAGAACUCUACGCUUGAAGAGAAACUGCAGGCAUUGCAGUCCCAGGGGGUGAAAGAGUCCCACCUUGGGUCCCUGAGGGACGAGGAAUCUGAGGAGAGACUCAGGCAGUCACAGGAGCUCCAGGCCCUGAGGGAGAAGAUGGAGAUGCAGAAAAUGGAGUGGAAGAGGAAGAUGAAGGAACUGCAGGAAGCCCACGCGGCUCAGAGGAGGGAGCUGCAGGAGGAGAAUGAGAGGCUCCAGGCCUCUCUGUCCCAGGAUCAGCGGAGAGCAGACGCCCAGACCAGGCACCAGAUCAACGCCCUCCGUGCCCAGCUCCGCGAGCAGGCCAGGCUCAUCGCCUCCCAGGACGAGAUGAUUAAGUCCAUGUCCCUCAGGAGAGUGGAGGGGAUCCACCAGGGGCCAAAGGCUGCGGACACUGAGGAAGAUUCUCCUGAGAAAGACCUGGAGAGCUCCCAGGAAGAACAGCAGAUAAAGGCGCUGGCAGCUCUGAGGUUCAAGCCUGCUUUGCUGAAGCAGUUCAGGCCCAUCCUGGAGGACACCCUGGAGGAGAAGCUGGAAAGCAUGGGGAUUCGGAGGGACGCAAAAGGAAUCUCAGUUCAGACGUUCAGACAUCUGGAGACCCUCCUGAGAGCCCAGCGGGAGCAGAAGGCUGGACGAUUUUCCGAGUUUCUAAACCUCAGGGAAAAGCUCGUUGAGGAGACCACCCGCAGAGUGAAGGAGAGGCAGAAGAAGUGGACGCAGGUGGCCCAGCGAGACGGAGACCUGCCCGUCCAAAGUCAGCAGAGUGCAUUGGUCACCAAAGAGGUCCAACCAAAGGCCAGGACCCAGCAUGGGACAUCACUGUCCAAGCCAGCAGAACCACCCAAGCCAAGUCUUCGGAGCCGUGACAGCCCUGGCCCUGGCCUCCCGCCAGCCUCUGCCCCUACUCCACACGCCAGAACCCGAGGGCCUUCCGACAGUCCCACUUCCCCAGGGCCCAGACUGAGCACACCUCCAUUCAGUUCUGAAGAAGACUCAGAGGAAGACGUGGUUCAGCGCGUGUCUCUUCAUAAGCCUCGGGUUCCUUCCAGGAUGGCGUCCCGGCCCGAGGGUGACUGGGACUGGUCUGACACAGAGACCUCGGAGGGGAAUGGCCAGCCCCCCGGCAAGGGCUCAGGAACCCUGGUGCAGUCGAUGGUCAGAAGCCUGGAGAAGCAGCUGGAGGCGCCAGCGAAGAAGCCAGUUGGUGGGGUCAGCCUGUUCUUACUGCCCAAGGCUGGGCCACAGAGAGCUGCCCGGGCCGGAUCGAAGCCUCAGCUGUCAGAAGAUGAGAGUGACAUGGACAUUUCUUCCUUGGACGACUUCCCCCAGGACUUGGACCGGGAGAAGCCAAAACCCGCCGCUCGCUCGCAGCUCCCGGAAAAGGCUGGUGCUCCUGGCACCUCUGCUCGACCCAGGGUCUCUGGCUGGUGA